UGGUUCUUCCCCUUUGGUACCUGCUCCCACGCUAGCACACAGUCACUUCUCCUUAACGGUGCUCACAUCCCGCUGUCGGGCCGUAACCCCAUGCUGCAGGAGGUGCUGGGCAUCCGCCCCCACGUCUUGGUGCUGAACAAGAUGGACCUGGCUGAUCCCCGCUGGCAGCCGACAGUCUUGACACAACUGAAACAGCAGGGGUGCCCGCACGUUGUCUUCACUGACUGUCAACGCGAUAGCAACGUGAAGAAGAUCGUUCCCCUGGUUGCCAAGCUGGUGGGCAACAGUCCCCGCUACCACAGGGCUGAGAGCACCGAGUACAACAUCCUAGUGAUUGGUGUGCCCAACGUGGGCAAGUCCUCGCUCAUCAACUCUCUGAGGAGGCUGCAUCUCAAAAAGGGGAAAGCCACCGCAGUCGGUGGUGAGCCGGGUGUCACCAAGGCAGUGCUGACCAGAAUCCAGGUCUGCGAGAAGCCCCUGAUGUACCUUGUGGACACGCCUGGCGUGCUGCCCCCGCGGCUGGGGGACGUGGAGACAGGCAUGAAGCUGGCUCUGUGUGGAGCCAUCCGUGACCACCUGGUGGGGGAGGACAUCAUGGCUGACUACCUCCUGUACGCCCUCAACAAGCGGCAGCAGUUGGGGUACGUGAAGCGCUACGGGCUGGCCGAGGCCUGCGAUGCCAUCGAGCCUGUGCUGAGGCACGUGGCCCUCGCCCGGGGCAGGACACAGAAGGUGAAGGUGCUGACAGGCACAGGGGAUGUCAACGUGACGAUGCUCAACUACCCAGCAGCUGCCUAUGAGUUCCUGUGGGAUUUCCGGGCGGGACGCCUGGGCAGGAUGACACUGGACUGA